CUCCAGAGCGAACGAGAAGCCUCUGCAAGUCCCUCACCUCAGCCGCCCAGGUUGGGGUCUGCGUAGGUCUGCUCUAUGGACUAGUGUGGGCGGCAGGGCCUUUUCUGUCCCUGCCUUGCGGCCCGCUAUCUUCCGUCCCCUCCUUGGAGAGCCCCUCGCAUCCCUCCCCCAAGGGUGGAAUCAGCCGGCUGGAGGCUCCUGGGGGAGAGCGAUCGCCUGGCCCUGCCCUGCCCUCCCCUGCCCACACCACACCACACCAUGAUCCUCCUGCUGUUACCCCUCUUGCUGGCCUCCCUGUUCCCCUCCAGCUCCUCUAACAAAGCCAACAAGCACAAGCCAUGGAUCGAGGCGGAAUACCAAGGUAUCAUCAUGGAGAAUGACAACACGGUCCUGCUGAACCCACCACUCUUUGCCUUGGACAAGGAUGCCCCCUUGCGCUAUGCAGGUGAGAUCUGUGGCUUCCGGCUCCAUGGGUCUGGGGUACCUUUUGAGGCCGUGAUUCUGGACAAAGCAACUGGAGAAGGGCUGAUCCGGGCCAAGGAGCCAGUGGACUGUGAAGCCCAGAAGGAGCACACCUUCACCAUCCAGGCCUAUGACUGUGGCGAGGGCCCAGACGGGGCCAACACCAAGAAGUCCCACAAGGCGACUGUGCAUGUGCGGGUCAACGAUGUAAAUGAGUUUGCCCCUGUGUUUGUGGAGCGGCUGUAUCGCGCUGCCGUAACUGAGGGGAAGCUGUACGACCGCAUCCUGAGGGUGGAAGCCAUUGAUGGUGACUGUUCCCCCCAGUACAGCCAGAUCUGCUACUAUGAGAUCCUUACACCCAACACUCCCUUCCUCAUAGAUAAUGACGGAAAUAUUGAAAACACAGAGAAGCUGCAGUACAGUGGUGAGAGGCUCUAUAAGUUCACAGUGACAGCUUAUGACUGUGGGAAGAAGCGGGCAGCGGAUGAUGCUGAGGUGGAGAUCCAGGUGAAGCCUACCUGUAAACCCAGCUGGCAAGGCUGGAACAAAAGGAUUGAAUAUGCACCAGGUGCAGGGAGCUUGGCUUUGUUCCCUGGUAUCCGCCUGGAGACCUGUGAUGAACCUCUCUGGAAUAUUCAGGCCACUAUAGAGCUGCAGACCAGCCAUGUGGCCAAGGGCUGCGACCGUGACAACUACUCAGAGCGGGCCCUGAGGAAACUCUGUGGUGCUGCCACUGGGGAGGUAGAUUUGCUGCCCAUGCCUGGCCCCAAUGCCAACUGGACAGCGGGACUCUCGGUGCACUACAGCCAGGACAGCAGCCUCAUCUACUGGUUCAAUGGCACCCAAGCUGUGCAGGUGCCCCUGGGUGGCACAGCUGGGCUGGGCUCUGGACCCCAGGACAGUCUCAGUGACCAUUUUACUCUGUCCUUUUGGAUGAAGCAUGGUGUAACUCCCAACAAGGGCAAGAAGGAAGAAGAAACCAUCAUGUGUAACACUGUCCAGAAUGAGGAUGGCUUCUCUCACUAUUCACUGACCGUCCAUGGCUGUAGAAUUGCCUUCCUCUACUGGCCUCUACUUGAAAGUGCCCGCCCAGUCAAGUUCCUCUGGAAGCUGGAGCAGGUCUGUGAUGAUGAGUGGCACCACUAUGCUUUGAACCUGGAGUUCCCCACAGUCACGCUUUAUGCUGAUGGCAUCUCAUUUGACCCUGCUCUCAUCCAUGACAAUGGUCUCAUCCACCCACCCCGAAGGGAACCUGCUCUCAUGAUUGGGGCCUGCUGGACUGAGGAGAAGAACAAAGAGAAGGAAAAGGGAGGAGACAACAAUACAGACACUACACAAGGAGACCCCUUGCCGAUCCACCACUACUUCCACGGCUACCUGGCUGGUUUCAGCGUGCGGUCAGGCCGCCUGGAGAGCCGCGAGGUCAUCGAGUGCCUCUAUGCAUGUCGGGAGGGGCUGGACUAUAGGGAUUUCGAGAGCCUGGGCAAAGGCAUGAAGGUCCACGUGAAUCCCUCGCAGUCCCUGCUCACCCUGGAGGGGGAUGAUGUGGAGACCUUCAACCAUGCCCUGCAGCAUGUGGCUUACAUGAACACUCUGCGCUUUGCCACGCCUGGCGUCAGGCCCCUGCGCCUCACCACUGCCGUCAAGUGCUUCAGUGAAGAAUCCUGUGUCUCCAUCCCCGAAGUGGAGGGCUACGUGGUGGUUCUUCAGCCUGAUGCCCCCCAGAUCCUCCUGAGUGGCACUGCUCAUUUUGCCCGCCCAGCUGUGGACUUUGAAGGACCUGAGGGGAUCCCUUUGUUCCCUGAUCUUCAAAUCACUUGCUCCAUUUCUCACCAGGUGGAAGCCAAAAAGGAUGAGAGUUGGCAGGGCACAGUGACAGAUACACGCAUGUCAGAUGAGAUUGUGCACAACCUGGAUGGCUGUGAGAUUUCUCUGGUGGGUGACGACCUAGACCCCGAGCGGGAAAGCUUGCUCCUGGACAUGGCAUCCUUGCAGCAGCGAGGGCUGGAGCUCACCAACACGUCUGCCUACCUCACCAUUGCCGGGGUGGAGAGCAUCACUGUGUACGAAGAGAUCCUGAGGCAGGCUCAUUAUCGGCUGCGACAUGGAGCUGCCCUCUACGCCAGGAAAUUCCGACUGUCCUGCUCAGAGAUGAACGGUCGUUACUCCAGCAAUGAAUUCAUCGUGGAGGUCAACGUUCUCCACAGCAUGAACCGGGUGGCCCACCCCAGCCACAUGCUCAGCUCACAGCAGUUCCUGCACCGUGGGCAUCAGCCUCCCCCUGAGAUGGCUGGACACAGCCUGGCCAGCUCCCACCGAAACUCCAUGGUCCCUAGUGCAGCGACUCUCAUCAUUGUGGUGUGCGUGGGUUUCCUGGUGCUCAUGGUCAUCUUGGGCCUCGUGCGCAUCCACUCCCUUCACCGCCGCGUCUCAGGGGCUGGUGGGCCUCCAGAGACCUCCAGUGACCCCAAGGACCCUGACCUCUUCUGGGAUGACUCAGCGCUCACUAUUAUCGUGAAUCCUAUGGAGUCCUACCAGAAUCGGCAGGCCUGUGUGGCGGGGGCUGCCAGUGGCCAGCAGGAAGAUGAGGACAGCAGUGACUCAGAGGCAGCGGACUCCCCGAGCAGCAAUGAGAGACGCAUCAUUGAGACCCCUCCGCACCGCUACUAAUGCAACACCCCUCUCCGAACAGAGAAUUCUGCCCUGGUGAGACAGAAGCACCCCCAGAAAAGAGACAAGGACACUCUGAGAGAAGAGACCAAGAGAAAGAGAGCUCUUCAGAAUGAGUCAUCCUUUAAUCCCAAAUCCCAGUGGGUGCCCCCGCUGGGGUCUGCCUCCCCCUGCCCCCAGUCCACCUCCCUCCUGUGCCUCUGGGCUCCUGUUCCCUAGAAGACUUUGGCUGCCUUCUCUGCCCCCAGGGUGGCCCCUUAGUUUGGCCCAUGUCUCUGUCUCUCCCCCAGGGCCAUGUGCUGGAUGGGGGAGGUGGGGGUGUCACUGGCGGCCAGGGGUGGGAUCCAAGGCGACCCUUCCCUACUCUCCUGUCCAUGGAGGCCUUCCUUCCCUGGGGCUCCCUCAGCUGGGCCUUCAUGGCUUCUCUUCUGUCCCCUCCUCUCUCUCUCUUUCCAUUUCACUCCGGGGACCCCUGCUUCUUCACCUUGCCCACUCUCCUUCCUUUUCUGUCCUCUUUCCCCUUUUCUCCUUGCCUGAGGCCCUACAGCCCCUGCCCCUUCCUACACGACCUGGUUGUGGCUAGGUUGUGGGGAUGGCAGGGGGAAUGUGUGUGUGGGGGGGCCAGGUAUUAUAUAUAAUGUAUAUUUUUUCAUGUUGCUGUGAGCGCAACCCCAGUGUUCUGUGUGUAGCUCACAGCCUUGUGUGUAUGUGUGGCAUUGUCAUGUCCUGCGGUGGGGUAGGGGGAUGGGUGUGGUGAGGGAAGGGAUGCACCCUAGGGUUUUCAAAUAAAACAACAAGAAAAAGCUC